CCCUCUCCCGCCCCCCGGCCCAACCCGCAACGCCACCGCGUCAUCCCGGGCCUUUUUUUUUCCUAAGCCGCCAGUCGCCACGCGUUGGUAAGCUCGUCCGGCAGUGCGUGGAUCCGACUCUCUCCGCGAACGACAGGAGAUACCCGCUUCGGAAGAACCCUGUAAGCCGAGCCGACGACCAGAGGAGAAAUGACGUCAUCGUACCGGGUUCGCACCGUCCCCACGCGCACGGUGACCACCGUGCGCCGUCAACUGAUCGACGAUGACGGCGACUUCUUCGACUUCCCUAAGGCGCGCUCGGGUGGCUCCGAAUUCACCACGGUGCGCCACCGAGUCACGCCAGGUGGCGGCAUCGUCACCACAACAACGACGACCACCACGACGCCGAGGCGCGUCAUCCGCGACGUCAGCCUGGACGGCAUGGAUGCCGACCCGUUCUUCGCGCGCGACGUCUCCAGGCCUUCCCGGACCAAGGACCUCGAGGAGUUCAAGGUGUCCUUCGACAUCGGACUGCAGUUCAGGCCGGACGACCUGUCGGUGAAGACACGCAACGGCAUGGUCUUCAUCACGGCCAAGCGCACCGACGGCAACAUCACGCGCGAGUUCGACCGCAAGGUGCCGCUGCCUGACGGCGUCGACCCCCUCACCGUUCGCGCCCUGCUCAGCCCCACGGGCGUGCUGACCAUCAGGUCCCCGCGGAACCUGUCCUCGCGGUACACCUCGAGCAUCUACGAGCGUCACGUGCCCGUCCGCAUGAGCCUGUACUAAAGGACGCGUCAGGGAAGAGCCGAGCUUGCGCUGGCAACGCUGAAAAGCUAAAUAGUAACCACAUCGCUCGUUCGGUAUAAGCAUGCAAGCGUCAGUCGAUUACAAUGGCCUCUAUUCCGCGUCACGGGGAGUACCAGCAACACGGCUCAUGCUGGAGGACCUUACGCAUGUAGGUCUCGGUUAUCACUCGAGAAUAUUUGCUACCUGCCGACAUGCAGGGGCACGUAUGGGCUAGAUGGCUACUUGAGUUUGAAACCUAUAGCGUGGCUGCAAAGACAAAAGAAAGAAAAAUGCAGAGGACGACUGGAACAGUGCUAGCUGUUUGUGGCCUUGUUGCUGGCGUUGUUGUUUCACCUGCAUUUUCACUGUAGGUUCCAAGAUGAUAAAAUCUCUUACGAAUUCGUGACUAAGUCUAGGGUAUACAGGUGUGAACGGGUUUCGGGCCCGUUUUCUAGAUUUCCAUAUUUCAAUUUUUCCAUGUCUACAUUCAAAGACACUUAUAUUCCGCCCCCCAUUUGGGGGCGCUUCGCGAGGAGAAUUAAUGCUUUGGUCAACAACAAAUGUUACUUAAGCUUUGUUUCCCAGGGCUCUAAAUGGCGUGUCCACAAUUUGCAGCCCUGUUAGAAUCGUGUUAAAACAAUUACGCGAGAACAUUUUUCCUGGCAUAUGACUGUGGCAAAACAGAAGCGAUAAAUGUGGAGCCAGAGUGCGAACCCUUCAGUUUGCAUGUGAUGGCAUCCUGAGUGGAGCUUAAAAAAGGGCAGACAAAAUUAUCACAAAAUAAAGGUCAGCGUUGAUGCUAUGUAACAAUGAUACUGAAAUACAUAUUAUUUUAUCAAAACAAGGUAGCCGUGCUUCCAAUCAAUUGUUGGCGCUGACCUUGAUAUUUUCGGACAACUAAACAAAGCCUGGCUAGAGGCUUUUCUUUAUAUGUAAUUCAUCAAGCCUUUACACUGAGACGCUACUUGUGGAAUGAAGGUGUAGUGGCCGUCAGAGCACCGACGUACAGGCAAGAGCGCGCGCACCUCCGAACCAGUUCCUCUCCGCUCUCGCCACUCCCCACCGAUGGUGAGGAGAGGGAAGGGCAAGCAACCCCAAGGGGGCUGAAGAAAAAUUAAAAUAAAACCAGUGGGCAGUUGGGAUUCACACCGUCCAGUCGUCUCUGUCUCUUUUCUCAGUGCAUAUUCGCGUCCCAACAAAGACAUAAUUGUCGAAGACGUUAUGGAAAACAGUGCAAAUCACUUUAAGACAGUGCAUUAGUUCAGAAGCAACGUUAUUGGUUAUUUAGUGCCCUCUGUGAUGUCUCAGAAGCGCUAUUUUUUGAAUAUUUGUGGAUAUUAUGGCUGAAGUAAAACAAGUUCCGGUUGUUC